AUGCGAUGCGCGAGCAAGGCCGCCGAGAGUGCGUCCGCACGUCUCUGUGCGGACGCCGAAGCAGAAACCACAGCAACUGAUGUCUCAUCGGUUGCUGAAGCGACUCAGCCUGUGUCACUUGGUGAUGCAGGCGCUGGUCAUGAAGACACUCAUGUCUUCACAGAGUAUGAGCUCGGUGUCUCAUACUCUCCUGAUACGGAAGACGGAUCCGUAUCGACGGCGAUCGAAUCCAAGCCGCCUGCCAAGCGUGGAAUGGAUGAUGCCAUGCGUCGUAGCAUCUUUGGUUCAUCUGAUGAAUCAGAUGAACCAUCGCCGAAGCGAAGGCGCUCGAGGUCGCGAGACUCGGGCGCUAACAGUGGUGUCGGUUCUCCUAUGGACACCACUUCGCAACGAGGUGCCAGUCCUUCUGUCGGCACGUCGCAGGAAGAGCGGGACCGCAAUGUGUUGCGUCUCGCUCCAGAAAAGAAGGCAUGGAUGCCUCCUAAAUCUGUCAUGGAUCACUUGUCGGCGACGACGAGUGAUCGUUAUCGAACACGGUUGUUCGAUUCGUCAAGGAUCCAUCACCUUGACCCCAGCGCAAAAAACUAUCGCGCUGAAAACGAAUUCUUCAUCGAUGCUUUCUUUAGACAUCGAUGGUACAGUAGGAAUCACAAACGUGAUGGUCCCUCACUACUUCAAGCGUGGAACGCCUACAUCCAUAAUCUCGAGGUCGUGACGUUUGGAACGACAAACAUAUCAAAGCUCGUGAUAAGUUUGAAAAGCGAACCCCGACAGGUGCACGCUACAAGCUGCAUCGUCUGUCAAAGGAGAAGGGAUUACCCUGCCUCUUUUGGGGAGACUCGUGCCCGUGUUGUGUGA